AGAGCCUUGGGCCGGGGGCGCCCGCUUCUGCCCCUUCGCCCCUUCUUUUCCAGACCCGGGCUGGGCUCUAGUUUUGCAGAGUCCGCUCGCCCCGAGGCCCGAGGGGAGGCUGAGGUUGCACGGGUUAGCGGGCUGAGGGGAGAUUUGCACCGGUCCUCCUGCGAACAUUCUCCUGCCCUGCAGCUGGUGGCUUGCACCCACUGCCUCCCCUGCCCUGCGGCUGCGCCCAAGCCACCAACCCCUGGGAGUAUUGUGCCGCCCGAGAUAAAAUGCAUCUAGUGUGUACACCCGCCCAGCACUCACCCAGAGGGUAAUGCAGACCUUUCUCCACCCCCACCUCCUCCUCCCCUCCAAUCAGGCUCUACUUAAGAUUCUUAGAUGGGAGCCACUGAAGGUAGUGACACCCCCCUCCCCGUUACAUCUGCACAGAACAUGUUCAUUGUGAAGCAUGUCUCCUGUAGACAUGAUAAAUGCCCCUGCCUCACCCCUUUAGACUGUCUUCACGAUUUAAGAUCCCAUAUGCUCUUCUUGAAGAGGGGCAGCCUUUCAUCACAUCUAGCAUAUCCCUCCCCCAUAACACACACACACACACACACACACACACACACACUCUUCCUGAUUGCCACACAGCCCCUGUCAUCUCGGAUCCAUUGUCAGGAAUGGCUUGUGCCAAUCAAAGGAAUGUGCUUUUUGCCUUUGGAGAAGGGUGCUUUCCACAACCAUAUUCUCAGGAUGUUGCUGCGUGAGUCUGUCUUUGAUUGUCCCCAGCUUGUCCCCGUAUUCAAGCAUCAGUGUUUCCCUUAUAGGCAUCUCCCGUGGACCCUCUAAUACCUGAGUGAUGCUUUUUUCCCCCAGGUAAUUAGAUACAGAUGGUGUGUGGGGAUUUCAUUGAUUUUGUUGUAAUGAAGGCAUAGUCAAUAAUACAGCUUGAUAUUUUGAGAAGAAUGUCUGUGUAUUUUUUCCCAGAGAUGGCCAGGUCCGUAUUGUUCUGGGAAUGGCAACUAGCACAUGCUUUGUUGACAACAUGUGUAUGCUUACGGAAGGAAAUGCUGCUGUAGCUGGCAUGUGAGUGUGUGCGCUGAAUGCAGGUGAUGUUCCCGUCUAGGGCUGAUUUGAAAGUGGUGAGCAGUGCCGGGUUAGGGCUGGCAGGCAUCUUGGAUGUUUGUAGCAGGACUGUGCACAUGUACGCCAAUGCAUACUGCCUUUAAUUUUGUUUAAAAUGCUUGCUGAGUCUUAGGGAUCCUGGAAAUGUCUACUUCAGUGGUUCUUAACCAGUCUUUGGGGUCAUGGAAGGCAUUAGGGCCCUCUUCUCAGUAAAAUAGACAGUACACAGUUGUGGAUGCAUUUAGAGUCAUCUUCAGCCUGGCCUUGGGACCUCAGGUUAAGAUCUAUAUUAUGCAAAAGUGAAAGGAAUGUGAGUUUUGUGUUUUGCUUUGUUUUGUUUCUCUCUUAAGAGCUGUCAUUAUUUUCCUCCUGAGGGAUAAGCAACAAAGUAGAUUGUACAUGUAUCCUUGUGUUUUGUUCUUUGAUUGCAGUGAGUUAGUAAGGUAUCAUCAUGUCCCUGUCUUCCUGUAAAGAGAUGUAUUUGAGAGUUUCAGAAAAAGUUAAAACCAGAGUCAAAAUAACCUGUCUAAAUUCGACCAGUUGAUAAUGUAUGUUCCUUGUGCUGUCUUCUAAAAUGUAGCACAUUUCAACAGCAAAGUCAGUGGUCUGUUUUAUGAUGCCUAUCUGGAAUCCUUAUGUGUUGUUUGAGGUUGAUCUGAUCUCUUAAAAAGAAGGCUUUAUCAGGCUGGUAGUAGAGCACCUGCUCUGUGAGGAUUUUCCAACUUUAUGAAAUGUGAUUUCAUGUCUUUAUUCAAGGUGAUGUUACCAUCAGAAUUAUCCACUUUAAAAUUUUGUUGUAAUGGAAGGGUUUUAAUUAUAAUUAGGGAAUUUGAUCUCCAUGUUUAAAGUCUAGAACUAGGCAUGACUAUUGCACCAUUCUAAAACAAGCAGGGACUAAAUACCAGCUUUUCUUGUUUAAAUCACUCUGCACUCAGCCUUUUGGUUAUAGUUCAAUCAGGAGAUGGUGUGUGAUAGUGUUGUGAUGGGCAGUGACAUAGAAGAAGCAGGUCCCCAGCUCUCUGGGAGUUAUGAUUCUGACAGUAUUUUUCACUUAAAGAAUCUUUUGGGACCUUCUUCUUUUUUUUUGGUAGUGGUUGGGUUCUGAGAAGCUAAGGGAUUUAUGAUAUUAACAGCUUUUUGGAAGACAAGGGAACCUUGGAAUCUUGCAUAGAAUCUGUUUCAUGCGCUGAAGAAUAGCAUUUAUUUUACUAAUUAUGCAAUGUACCCUGUGAAGUUUGAAAGCACACAGAGAUUGCAAAUAUUGCAUUUUUAGUAUCUAAUAAACAUGAUUGAAGUGGUUUAUAUUACAGGUUGUAUUUUUUUGUUCCUGUCAUGCCUAAAGUUUUACUGUCAGAAAUUAUUUGCCUGUCCUAAACCCAAACUGUUUCAAAGUUGCAAAUAUGUUACUUUUUUGUUGUCAGUGUGGUAGAGUGACAAACCAUUAAAAUCUCAAGGGGCAGUGCGCUUCCUUAAUUUCAUAUCACAGAACCUCUUCUCACCAGUCACCUACUUAGUUAAACACCCACACAUCGCAAAGCAGCCGAUCAAAUAACUUGUAAGACUGCGAGAACAGCAUUCUCUCUGCCAGAUUCAGAGCUUGGAAGCUGGAAAACAAUUGCACAGCAGUGAAACACUUAAGGAGUAGUGGUGCCAGCAGCUCCCUCUCAUUAAUACAAACAGCUUGCUUUAGUUUUUUCGGAGCUCUUCUUCAGACAUCCGUCUUCAGACACCCUUCCCUUAGGAGGUUUCAGAGCAGCAGCUCCUCCUCAAGGGAAACAGCACCUACUUUCUGCAACUGUGACCUCAAGAUCUGAUUCGUGACACCCAGAGCUGUUUCCAUUUCUGCUCUAAGUAUGGGAAGUAAUCUUGUAGCGUGGUAAGAAAAUACUUUUCAAAUCUGUAGAAAAAAAUUGAUUAGUAAUGCCGCUGAUGUGAUUUUGUUUUUUGAAUGUCUGAAGCCUUUCAAAGAAGUAAACUGUAACAGUGAACUGUUGUUAAAAAUUACCCUUUCCUCAGUUUUAGAAAAUUUCACCCAAAAUGUGACUAUACCCUUGAGUUUCAUUUCCCUUGUUUUAAAAAGUCAGUGGAGAGACAGCCAGUAACCAAAAAAACCCAAGUGUGGAUUUUCUUGUGUUUUGAAACAUAGCCUUUGGAACUAGUUAAGCUAAAGGAGGUGACUGUGUUUCCUUGCUGGGAGCUCCUGAAUCUUGUGCUGCAGUUUUAGAUAAGAUGCUCCAAGUCACGUGUAGCUCUCUUCAAAAGACAAAUCACUAGUGCUCUGCUCUUGCCAUAAUACCAAACCUUUUGACUUAUGCUUUGGUGCUGCAACACUGGAAGAAUUGCACACAGGUUCCAGGAAUACUUUUUUUUUUUUUUUUUUCAUCUAAGUGAUUCUUUGUGGAUGGGAAAAGAUUUGAGUCCUAAUGCUUACCCUGUUUUAAAGCUAUUUCUCUGUAGUCUGAACUGCUUAAUAAAUUGGGCCACUUACCAAUGAGCCACACAACCAGUUCUUGUCAGGAGCUGGUUGAAAACUGUGCCGUGCAUGUAGCAGGGAUGGCACAAGAAGAAAGCCGCCGUGGUCAAGUACCAUCUACCUUUUAUCAUGGUGCCAACCAAGAACUUGACCUGUCCACCAAAGUGUACAAAAGGGAAUCAGGAAGUCCUUAUUCUGUGUUAGUGGACACCAAGAUGAGCAAACCCCAUCUCCAUGAAACAGAGGAACAGCCAUUUUUCAGGGAGACAAGAGCAGUGUCUGACGUGCAUGCGGUUAAAGAAGACCGGGAGAAUUCUGAUGACACAGAAGAGGAGGAGGAGGAGGAGGAGGAGGAAGUCUCUUACAAAAGGGAGCAGAUCAUAGUGGAGGUAAACCUUAAUAAUCAAACAUUAAAUGUGUCUAAAGGGGAAAAGGGUGUCUCUUCUCAGUCCAAAGAGACGCCUGUUCUUAAGACAAGCAGUGAGGAGGAAGAGGAAGAGAGUGAGGAAGAGGCCACAGAUGACAGCAAUGACUAUGGAGAGAAUGAAAGGCAGAAGAAAAAGGAGAAGAUAGUGGAGAAGGUCAGCGUUACACAAAGGAGGACGAGGAGAGCUGCCUCUGUUGCUGCAGCUGCCACUUCCCCUACUCCCAGAGCUACGAGAGGUCGUAGGAAGAGUGUAGAGCCACCUAAGCGUAAGAAGCGGGCCGCAAAGGAGCCCAAAGCGCCAGUCCAGAAAGCUAAGUGUGAAGAGAAAGAGACACUGACCUGUGAGAAGUGCCCCAGGGUGUUUAAUACUCGCUGGUACCUGGAGAAGCACAUGAACGUUACUCAUAGGCGCAUGCAGAUUUGUGAUAAAUGUGGCAAGAAGUUUGUCCUGGAAAGUGAGCUGUCCCUUCACCAGCAAACAGACUGUGAAAAAAAUAUUCAGUGUGUUUCCUGUAAUAAAUCAUUCAAGAAACUCUGGUCUCUUCAUGAACAUAUCAAGAUCGUCCAUGGCUAUGCAGAAAAGAAAUUUUCCUGUGAAAUUUGUGAGAAGAAAUUCUAUACCAUGGCUCAUGUGCGGAAACACAUGGUUGCACACACGAAAGACAUGCCAUUUACAUGUGAAACCUGUGGAAAGUCAUUCAAACGCAGUAUGUCACUCAAGGUGCACUCCUUGCAGCAUUCUGGAGAGAAGCCCUUCAGAUGCGAGAACUGUGACGAAAGGUUUCAGUACAAGUACCAGCUACGCUCCCACAUGAGCAUCCACAUUGGGCACAAACAGUUCAUGUGCCAGUGGUGUGGCAAGGACUUCAACAUGAAGCAGUACUUCGACGAACACAUGAAAACACACACUGGAGAGAAACCCUUCAUCUGUGAAAUCUGCGGCAAGAGCUUCACCAGCCGCCCCAACAUGAAGAGGCACCGCAGAACUCACACAGGCGAGAAGCCCUACCCGUGCGAUGUGUGUGGCCAGCGGUUCCGCUUCUCCAACAUGCUUAAGGCCCACAAGGAGAAGUGCUUUCGGGUGACCAGCCCCGUGAACGUGCCGCCUGCUGUCCAGAUCCCACUCACCAGCGCCCCGGCCACCCCAGUCCCUUCCGUGGUGAACACCCCCGCGACCCCCGCCCCUCCGAUCACCAUGAACCCCGUGAGCACUCUGCCCCCCCGGCCCAUCCCCCACCCCUUCUCACACCUUCACAUCCACGCGCACCCCCACCACCCCCACCACCUGCCCAUCCCCCCCGUCCCUCACCUGCCCCCCCUCCAGCUCUCUUUAAGAGCGAGCCCUUAAACAACCGCGGCCAGGGCGAGGACACCUUUCUGCGGCACCUGGCGGAGAAGAACAGUUCGGCGCAGCCCCACUAACAGCCGUCUCCUUCAGUGUGUGCUCCCGAGCCGCGCGCCCCCAUGUGAGUUGGCAGAGCGGGGCGGGCCGGGGAGCAGGUCCGCCGCGGUGGGACCCUCCCCAGCUUCAGCUGCCGCCGCCACCGCCGCCGGGAGCCUCGUCAUUGUCUCGGGAAUCAGCACAGCCGAGGGAGUGGACGGGAAGACCCGAGGGAGCUCGCGGAGGGCACUGGCGUCUAAACCAGGGAACCACGGAACUAAAGCCCAAUUUGCUUGCAUUUUCUGGUGACUUUUAUAACUUUCAGAUACUCGGACUUGUGGGAUUUUAUAAUUUCAUAUCAGCUGAUGAGGUAUGCUUGCUUUUAUAUCCUGGACGUCUCCUCAAAGAGGGGACAGGCCUGGUUUCCUUUGUACUAAUCGGGAAGGCUGUGAGAUUAAUCCAGAGCAUUAAUUGUAUCACUGUGUAUUGUAACAGAUUCUUUUCAGCUUUUGGUGCUGGCUUCAGAGUGGAGCCAGCCACGUUUCACCGUAUAUCAAGCAUUAUAGAGAAAGACAGACAUUUUCUUCUUUGUGUAGCUCUCCUAACACACUCUUUAUUUUACUACAGAAAUUAUUUUAGAGUUUUUGUAUAGACUUCUUUAGUAGUCUGUUUCUAAAAUGAAAUGUAUUUCAAUAAGCGGUGUAAUUUUUUCAGUGUAGCUGGACCUAUGUUGUAAAAUAGAAAAAAAAUUUUAUAAUCAUCAAAAUGUGAUUCUUAAAGAUGCAUAUAACUUCUAUAGUUCAAAGUUAUUCUUACAUCCGUACAACUCAAAGGUGCUUCAGAGACUAGAUGUACCUUGAGAGGGUCUCCAGACCAGGCUAGUGCAAAAAGGAGGUUUUGCUUUCUGAACUUGGACUAAAUCCUCGGUCGUUUUCUAAUCUCUGCUUAACACUCAAAGGUCUGCUAGGCUCGCCGACAUGCUCUGUGCUCCACAUUUCACUUGGUUCAGUUAGUGUGUGUUACAUGGACUGAUUUGCAGAGGGUGGAGCCUUUUCCAGGGAAAUUACCUGAAGCUGGCCUGUUUUGAACGCCUGAGUGGAGCUGUUUACCAUCAAGAGGGGGACGUGGGGGCCGAGAGGGGGGGGUGCUUCAUCUCAGUCACAUCUCUUUCCCUCUUCCCUUAUAGCCGUGUUCAUGUUCAACCUUUCUGGGCGGCCAAAUUGAAAUCUCACAGUACACUGCUCGUUUUGAGGUUGCUCUGUUUUUCUAGAAUUGUUAGGAAGAGGUAAAAGGGUACACUAAAAUCACAAACGUUGUUGCUGACCGUGGCUGAGAAAUUUGGAUGAGAACACCAAUUGGUUACACCUUUCAAAAUAUCUCUUCCACGAUAUAUCCACAACUUUUGAGCUAGUCCAACACAGUUUAAAUGGUGGUAAAGGAGAGAACAUGACGUCUUGCUGCCCUAUCCUCUGCAAGUAAUUAUGUGACAGCAGGCUUCCUGGUGAUGAGAGCCGCAUCUCCACUUUGGGCCAGGUCACUUUGUCAGGUUUGGGGAACUUCAAAAGUGCACGGGCCGUCAGGAGCUCAUUAUAGGAAAGGCUGAACAGAAGGGCUAACAUACUGGUUACACAUCUACCCAGACUUGGUGUAGCAAACACAUUUUGUAAUUUCUCAUCUCAGUGAACUGAGUUCCAAAGCAAGAUCUGCUGUCUCUCUCUCUCUCUCUCUCCCCCUCCUUUCAAUUUUUAAUCUGGAAAUGUCUUCAUUUUUCCUUUCCUCAGGCUCUUAAAUCUUUGCCUGAAUCAGAACCCUGGCUUUUAUUUAUUUUGUGUUUUAAUAUUAAUGUGUGCCGAUGUACUUUAAGCACUUUUCUGGCUGAUGAGCUCUGUGGCAGGAAAAAAUGGAACUCUUUCCAUUGAGGUCAAAUACCUGUUUUUAAAAUACCGCAUUCUUGGUUUUUUGGUUUAAUAUUUCCAGAUUUUUUUUUUUUUUCCUUCUGAUGAUUGUCUUUGUCUUCUGUAAUGAGCAUAGGAAAAUUCGGGAAUGAUGGAGAAAAGUAUCUCAGGAUAUACUUUUCUUCCUGCUUUUGGAUGUACCUUCUAAGGAAUAUUGUUUUAAAUAUUUGUAUACAUUCCUUGAACACCCAAGUACCCAAACCAAUAAGAAAAGUUCAUUCGUUAUUUAGGACUGUUAUAUUUAGUGGCUGCCUCCCUCAAUCUGCUUUUCGUCCCAUGACAAGUUUGUGGAUCUUCUCCUUUGUGUGGACAUGUCAUUAUUUCUUGUCCAAGCUCGUAAUAUUAAAAUCAUUUUUAAUGCAGCUUAGUUAAUUGGUUAUACCUUACUUUGUACUAAAUAAAUUUACAGUAUUGGGCAGCACUUCUGAAUUCUAGACUUGAGACCAUUGAAUCCACCAUUUUCUGAGGUGUACUAUAACUAUACACUGGAAGAUUCAGGUAGUCAUCUUUGAUAUUUCAUUCAAGUGAAAAUAGCCAUAAGAAAAUAUCUGCUUACACAGAAAAACCAGUAUUAAGCACAUAAUCACCACCACCCUUAAACAGAGGCAGAAAGUGAUUAUCUUUUUUUUAAAAGAGCAGCCUUGUCAUGCAGUACAGUUCUUAGUCAAAUGUAUCAUGGAACAAUCUGGAAACUUCCAAUUUUUCCCCCCCUAGAUGGGUAUACCUUCCCUGAUUUGAGGUUUGUGGUCUUCAGAAAGACUUCUCAGAACAUAAUGACUCCUCGUCAGUGUCGUGUUACGUCUGCGUAGUGAAAUAUGCACUAAGAACAUUCGUGACAUCAAUGCUUCUGCAUAGAAGAACUGAAGGAUUAAGCCUUAAACAUGUAUGCGCAUCAGGUUUAACAUGCUUAAGCCUCAAACUCAGGGUUGAAAAUUUGAUCGGGGUCCUUUACUAAGACAGAAGUUGCAUUAUUUGGGGUGUUCCCUCCCACCUUUAAACUUCUUCACAAUUUAUUACCUACCUGUUAUAUCUAUUUAUAAAACAAAAGAACUCCGGAGGAGUUUGAGUUCUCAGCCCUUAUCUGUACUUAUAUUUUAAAGACAACAAAGGCUGUGUUUCAGCAUCGUAGUGACAGCAAAUUGAGACUCUUUCUCGUGACUUAAUUGUACUGUCUUCAGAGGCUCGUUUCAUUGCUAGGGUUAAGACUUACUUGAGGAAAAGUCCCAAGGACUUUCUUGAGUUGACAUGGCUGUUUAACUUUUUCCUUUGCGUUUUUCGAUGCUUUUCUCAUCAAUUUAUCAUUCAAAUCCAAACUCUUCGUUAGCCUCAAUGAAAGGCUGCUUGUUGCUUUCUCAAAUCGAGUCUGACAGGCUCAUUAGUAUGUAGAUUUUACAUUUGAAUGAAGACAAGUAGGUGAGACCAACAAUUGCAAGGCACAUGGCUUCAUUUCCACCUCUAUUUGUGAAAUUUCUUGUUUUUAGCAGGCAGGGCAGUCUCCCCAUGAAAUUUUACUGUGGUACUUCGGAGUAAGCUUUCCAAAUCAGUUGUGUACGCUUUUAGGUAUACUACCAUUUACAUUCCCUGUUGUAAAUGAAUGACUGAGCGUGGGUAUUACCAUCGAUGUACCAUCUUUUUAAAAGCUGCAUUUGUCCGAAGUACCUUUUCAUUGUGGUUAGAAGCCUCCCUAUAAUUUGAUUGCCCCUUAUAUGCUAAAGGAAGGCAAAAUCCUCUGAAGGGCUGCUCUUAAACUUCCGAUUGUCUACGUCUUGACAUUUUUUUCCCCGUGUUUAUGUUUGUUGAGUGGAUAUGUUUGUUUAGCUUAAUUUUUUAUCUCACUGGACGUUUUAAGUUGGAAGAAAAUCGAGCAGAAACAGAAAUCCAUUGCAGAUGUGUAUAUGUAUUUAUCCCAUUGUGAAGAUUUCAGUUAGUGCAACACAGCAUGGUCGGUGGGGUUUUAUUGUUUAAAGAGAGAGAGAGAGAGAGAAAGAAGAGAAAUGGAAACUAAAGUUAGAGGAAACCCUUCUGUUUGAGCUACCGUGUAGAAGAGACAACUUUUAUUAUCUUGCUGAUCCACGUGCUGAACAUUUCUAUGCUGGUCUAGAAGGUUUGGGGAGGAUUUGAUGAAACGGGAUAAGUUACAUUUAAGAAUUUGACCACCAGUCUCCCAUUACAAAAAUCCACUCCCUUGGAAUUCUUCAGACUCUAAAAUGGAGCAAAUAAAUACUGGGUUUUAAUUUUCCUUUGCCUAAACCAAGAUAGGAAGUUUCCCAAAAGGUCAUUUUUUUUUUUUUUCUUUUCAGGAAUGCAAGGUCAUUAGCCAUUAGAGAUACUAGCAUUAUUAUGCACUUAGCAACACCCUAGCUACCCUGCUUCUGUCAUCUCUAGCAUUUGUAACCAUGACCUGCCAACUCUGGACACUACCUCGACAAAGCAAACCAGAGGUCCUCUCUACACUUUCUAUGGAAGCCAUAAAAAUUGCCAUCAAUAUACCUACUUUCGUAGUUUCUGUACUUUUAUACUCGCUAGACUUUUUAUAGACUUUGUGAUCAGCUCUUUUUGUCUUAGAGGAUAGGUUUUGCAAGAUUCAAAGGAAAAUCAAGCUCCUUGGUUGUCGCAGCCUUGAAGCUUUAGCUUCAGUAAAUUUGUGUAAAGAACUAGAUAAGGAACCAUUUAUCCAAUUCUUCAUUUAAGUCAAAACUCCUGUGCAGAAUUGCAUAUCCAGAAAACAAACUUCUUUUUCUUAUUCUGUAAGUCGAAGCUAUAUUGUUGUAAGAAACUACUUCCAAAGUGGAUUUCUCUCUUAUUAGACUCUGUGUAUAGCUUGAUAAUAUAUGUCUUGUUGCAGUGCCCCUGGAGUUGUUUUUAUUUCCCUGUGACAGAUUAGUGAGUGUACAUCUCCCUCAAAUCCUCUGUUAUCUCACUGCAGCUUCAGUCUCUCUCACUCUGUUCUUGAGUGCCUUCAAAAAGCCAGCCUCCUGGAACAUUCUUUCCCCGAUCUAAAUCCUACCUCUGACUGUUUCAUUCUCCAUGAGUAUUGGAACUCACCCCUAUUCCAGUUGAUUUGUCUCUACAAACUAGCUAAAACCUCGGAUGAGACUUCUUUACGUAUUUCUGUUCUGUUCCCCCAUGUCAUUUUUAGAUUACAUUUUAAAAAUUAUUUGUAUCUUAUUUCUUCCCGUAUGACAUCGCUAAUGACGAGAGAUUUUUUUAUCCUUGUCUUAGUCCUCAUUCUCUUUCCCCAGAAGCUAGAUGUUCCCUUAAAAUGAAAGGUGGAGUGUCUCUUUGACCAUCUCUUUCUCUCACCUUAGUCUUCCCGAAUGCCUCCCCUUUCUGAUAAAGGGAUCUUGAAUGCUGCUCUUGCUCUGCCCUCUUCCUUCAUGCCCUCUCUCUCCCAGAAACAUUUUGCCAGGGUGUAUCCAUGAUUUUAUUUUAGUCACAUUAAUUUAAAAUGACUCUCUGAGUUUAUCAAAAGUCCUUCAUUGAUUUGUCGAUCUGCCUCUUUCGUCCUUCUGUCCCUCAAAAACUUUAUUUUCUUUUCUACUUGUUCUCAAUUAAUUUUCAAAAUAUUGCUGAUACAUAGUAUAUGAAGGAUAAGUCAAAAGGGGGUUGCCGUGUGUUCUCCAUGUGAUAGGAGCACCUUAUUGAUACAACAUUUUUGCAGUUGGCUCAUCUUUCACAGUCAGAACUAAAGUUUGUUCUGUAUACAGGCCUCUUGGAGGCUCCCUUUUAGUUCUCCUCCAAAACAGAAAACAAAUGGAACGUAUUAAAAUGAGGAAAAUUAGAUUGCCUUUUUUUUUUCUUUUUUUUAAAGUGAUGAAAGCUAUUGAGUUGAGUAUUUUGGCCUUAGUCCAAAUCUUUCCUUUCUGACUUAAAGCGUCAAGCCCCUUUCCUUAAAGUUAAUAAUACUAAUACUCAGGUUUUCAAGACUAACUAAUAACCACAUGAAGUGGGAGUCUAAGAAGGCAGCUGUUAGUAAAUUCUGAAUCCUUUUUGUCUGAUGACAGACGGCAGUAGGUUAUCAGUGGGACAGUGCAAAAUUGUGAGAGUGCUUCUGUUUGAUAACGAAUACAUCCAAGACAUUUGAAAACUUUACUGGCUCUUUGGAAUGGGAAUGCUGGUUUACUAAAUGCAAAGGGUAUUUCUUUUACUUACAGAAAUAAGUAAGAAGACUCUCUUGUUGGUGUAGAUCUUUUUGCUUUGAUGACUGACCUAGAAGUGUGCCUCUUUUAGGUAGUAACUGGCUCUCUAAAGUAACCACUUUGAAAUCCGGGGCUUUCCUCCUCGGAAUCGCAGGCAGGACAGCAGUGGAGAGCGACGGUGGGCUCACACCUGAGGAGCCCCAGCCCUGAGACAGACUGUUGGCUUGUGGCAUGUCCUUGUGUGGUCGGCGAUGUUUGGCACAAGUAUCCAAGGGCCUUUUCCCCCUGAGAAGGAUCCCCUCUACUUUCUAGUUUGAUGCUCCUUGAGCUUCCCUGGUGAGAUCAGGGAUAUUACAAAUUACUUGAAAAUGAUUUGGGGGAUGGGACAAGAGAAGGGGUGGGAGCUGAGUGUUUGCUUCACUUUGGAAGGAAAUCUGGUACUUGCAUUGUUGGUUGUGAUCAACCAAAGAGCCUGUCUCUCUAAGUGGAUGUACCAAAGAAUCAAGUUCUUUCCAAAUAUCCAGCUCCUUCUCAAUGAACACAGUGUCCUCCCUACCUGGCUUUUUUACAGGUGAAAAGGGACCAUGUGGUCACUAGGCCAGAGACCCCCAACUCAUGUUCUGCCUAGGACUUGAGGCUGUGGUUAACUGCAUUUGAAAAUCGGUGGGAAAUGUUUUCAUCUUUUAGAAACUUUUUAACCUGUCCUUUUGCUUGAUUGUUCAACUCACUAGGUUUUUUUCAGAAGUAAAAAAGAAAGAAACUGUGUGGUAUAA